CGCCGCUACUAGAAGCUCUUUCUCAUUACCUGUUGCCCAUCUCCUCCAACACAACACAACAGCAUUGUUAUUCGAGUUCAGUAUUGCUCCACCUCCUUCUGCACUACCAUGCCUCUCGAAGAGGUUCAGCUGUUUGCCCCUAACGAUCGGUCGAUCCCCAAAUUAUUGAAAUCGAGAAUUGGGAAGUGGCGGGACACGACGCCCAGCCAAUUUCAGCAGUAUGGUCCAAUAAAUAAAUACCUGGGCCUGAAAUUCAAUCGCGAUGAACACAUGAUCAAACCGCAAGCGCUCAUUCGCACACCAAUUGAAGAGGCAGACGACGCCUUGCUCCUCAACUGGGGUGAAGAAGAUGACGAUCCCCUUCCGCCGGAUGAUGAUGAACGUGAGAGGCUUUUAGAUCUUCGUUGUGAACUCCAGGAGGGAAACAUUACCACUGACUCCACUCGCAAAGGAUUCGUGUACAAGUCAAACACAGCAGGUCAAAAAGUUUACCCUGACUUUGUGGUCUGCGAAUAUACCGAUGGUGAACAUGAUCCGGUACCCUCACAGGUCCACGAGAGAGAAAAUGUCUCGAAGGACAAGGUGCGACUUGUCAUGGAGAUUGCCACCCUUCCCAAGGGGCUCACUGAAAUGGGGUUGGACCGGUUGAGGGACAAAACAUUGGAGCAGUUGCAGGAAUACAUGCGGCGUGUUGAUGAUGGUGCUCGGUGGGUCCCAGGCAAAGCUAUGGGUGUUGCUUUAGUGGGCACAGAAGUAGCAUUUCUGGUUCCCAGGAAGGUUAAGGGAGAGUACCAAUGGAAGCUCGAUGGCAAUAGAUGGUAUAGCCUGUUUGAUGACAAGUUCCGCACCAUGAUUACUAGAGCUGCACGCGGACGGUCCAGUGCCGCCCAGCUUCAACUGUGCGCGGCGGGAGAUCGCGGGACAGAGGACGGGACGAAAUCGUUCAAGGCCGCUGAAUCGGAGAUAGCGAAGCCUCCUGAACGCCUGGACCCCUCCUAUUCGGAGCGUGCUGGCAUGUGUUCCGCCCGCGUCGGCGACGCGCGCGCGAAUGGUGUGGUGAGCGGCUCGUCGACGGAGACGUGGGCAAAGCGAUGUCAGGGUCAGGUGCGCUACGCGGCGCAGGCGCGGAGGCAGUUCGCAGCGAGACGGCCGACGGCGUACGUGUGCGCGGACGAUACGCGCGCCGAGACCAAUUUCAACAACGUCGCAUUGAGGGGUGGCCUGAUUCAGUGA